UCCCAGUCUUUGAGACGUAACUGUUGAAAGCAGGAGUCUGCUAUAGUGUUUUGCGAUAACUUCGUGAUUUUUCCUGACAAUUAUUUCAUCUCGUCUUGUCGCGAGUGUUACUACGUAGUUUCAGAGCGCUGGCAGCUUUUUUAUACGUACAAAUCGCGAAUCGUUGCGUCUCUCUGACAAUCCUAGCUUUUUUAAUAUUUAGAAUUAUUCAUAUAUAGUAAAAAUUAAUCGUUAAUAAUUUACUUUUAUAUUUUAAAAAUAUAUCUAUACAUAUACGUCUAGUUGAGAUUCUAUUAGUUUAAAUAUAUUGUGCGCCAUUUUGUUUCGUGGCACGUUUCCGUAAUGGUGAACAAUGUCGAAGUUGAGGUGACUAAGAAGUCACGGAGACAACGGCGACGGGCUGGUAGUCGAGCUUCUAAACGUCGCGCGAAGAAAUCGGCUGUCCUGCCCACGGUGACUGUGAUGUCACUAGAGAUAGUGUCACCAGUAAAAUGUGCGGUUCACACAUUCCUACUCAAGUAUCAAAGCGCGCUAAGAAAGGUGCCGUCACAACUACCGCCAAAAGUACACGCCGGCCCGCCGACGAAACGGGUGAAGCGUGUGUCGUGGCGUCACGAAGAAAGCGGCGGGUCAGGCGGCGGCGAUCCCGCUGUGCUGGCUGUGGGUCCCUCCCGUCGGCCCCUCACUUAUACGCGGGACCAACUUAUGCGACUGCGGCACUCGCCGCUCGUCAAGCAGGGACUGGAGAAUGCAUUCGCCGGGAACGAUCACCUUGCUCUCGUGCUGAAGAAAAGAUCGGAAUCUCCAGCCGGUGAUGACAAGGGAGCUAAGGGAGAUGCGCCGGUUGAAAACCAUAAGGGUGUUUACGGGCGUGAUCGCGAGCGUCGUUCGGCGGAUCCGCGCGAGCGCGUUCGUAAGGAGAGCGAGCCGAGUACCGGCAUUGUGUUAUCACCUCAGAGGAGAUCCUUCACGUCCGGAUGUGGAGCCCCAGCGGCCGCGGCACCGCCACCCCACGUGGCUCGGACCAGACCCGACUCGCCGCUAUCCACACACCCACCCGCACUCAAAACGGAACAGGCUGGUCGCCGUAUCGGCUCUGGUCGUAUAAUGGUGCGCGACAUGCCCCCUGGGCAGUGGGAGGAGAACGAGUACCGCGGCGAACGGAACGAGCGAAACGAACGAACUGAGCGUAACGAGCGGCACGAGAGACACGAGCGUAAUGAGCGACAUGAUCGAAACGAACGACACGACCGGACUGAGCGACACGACCGUAAUGAGCGACACGAACGGACUGAGCGUCACGAACGUAACGAGCGACAUGAACGUAACGAGCGACACGAGCGAAACGAGCGACACGAGCGGAACGAACCCUACCGUCCGCCGCGAGACCGCGAGCGCGACAGAGAUGACAGGCGGACUAACUCUGAUCGGUUUGAUCGACGCUCCUUCAACCGAGAUUCCUACUCCUCUGAGAUCAAGAGGGAAAGGGACGAUCGAUUUAACAACGAGAAACGGGAUCGGGAGGACAACCGUAGAUCAGGUGGUCGCUUUUCUCAACGACGGUUUGAGAAGGAAGAUGAACCAGAAUGGUUUAGCGGCGGACCGACGUCCCAGUUGGAGACGAUCGAGCUGCGUGGUUUUGACGAGCCGAGUAAGAAUGAACGGGGCGCGGAAGAAGGACGGAACAACGACACGGCAUGGCCCGGUCCACCGAGAUCACCAGAUCGUUGGAGGGGACCGUCUCCUAACAAAAACACGGACAAGGAUUCUGGUGUGGAGAGUAAGAGUGAGGAGACAGUGGCACCAGAGCCGGACUUCAAUCUAGACGAAUUCCUUAAAUUCGACUCAAUACCGGAAGUACUUACUAAUGGCACCAGCGAGGCUGAAGGCAGUCGCUUCAGUCGUUGGUUCCGUCGCGACUCUCCGCCGGCCGACAGACAUACUGACAGGCAUUAUGAGAGACUUAUGCAUAACAUGAUAGACGAUCUGGACAACUCUACUCGCGAGACGACUCCUGCUUCUGGCGUACCUACCACCACAGCGCCAUCUCUGCUGGAACUGCUGAGAAGAGCUGGGGCCGAGGCUGAUCCUCGACCUGAAUUGAACAACGUGGGUGGCAAGAUCCACAGCCUAGAGGAGUUGGAGGCUCGGCUCCGACCGACCCAGCCGCCCGCCCACCACCACGACCACGACCUGUCCGCUUUCAAACGACUUCUUGCGCAGGUCUCUGGUGGCCACGCGGUGACUGCGGAGCCUCCUAGACCGCAGCCUCCGCCGAUGAGUCUGCUUCAGAUGCUUAACAAGAGCAUGGAGCAACAACAGCAGCAGCAACAACAGCAGCAGCAGCAGCAACAGCAACAGCAGCAGCCAAAAUCUGCGCCACAUAUACCGCAAGAGCUCCUAUACAAGCUCCUGCAGGUGCAGCAACAGCAGCAGCGUCAACAAGGCGACGUGGGUAUGGGCUUGCCCAGUGAGAGAGAGCUGCUACAGAGACCAGAGGCACAGGCUAUCAUACACGGUCUUAAGGCAGGGGAGAUUACGGUCCAGAACUUGAUGCAGCAGUUGGGCAACCCGGGGCUGCAAAGCAGGCAUCGAGAACUGCUGCUCACAAUACUGAGAGUGCACCAGCAAAGACAGCAAAUGGGUGGCUCCCCACUUCCGGUAGUAUCUCCGCCACAUCUGGUAGUCCCACACCACCAGCCGCUUAGACUGUCGCCAUUGCCAAGCUCAGGCGUCCCAGCUCGUAUUCCGUCGCCCCGCGAGCUGGCGGCACACACUCAGUCGAUCAUGCAGGGAGCUCUCAUCAAGAAGAAGCUAGAGGAGCAAAGGGAAAACUAUCGCAGGAGACACGACCUGCCAACAAAGCAACAUACACAAAUCUCUUUUACACCCACAUCGGUUUUAAGAAAAAUGUCCGCUGCUGCUGAUAAGGAGGAGGGUGGCAGUCCUAAAGGAGCCGGAUGGCAUGGGAUCACACAUGCAAAGCCACAUGGAAGACCUAUAGUGAAGGGCAAUCAAAGCGGAACAGCUCCAAUGGGAUAUGCGACCUCGCAGCAGGAUUACCAACAGCACUACUUGAAUCAACAACAACAGCAAAUGUCAAAUGCCAAUCGUGCCUUCCCACAUCAGCAACCUAGACAGGUUACAAAUUCUCUUAAUAACAUGAGCGGAAUGGGCAACAUGGGCGGUAUGGGCGGAAUGGCUCGCGGUACAACGCUGCAUCAGUUGCUCGUACAAUCUCAUCAGAGAUCCUUGAAUGAGAUGGGUGGCGGCGCCGGUGGUGGUGACAACCAGCUAGCUAGAUGGUUCUCCCCGGAGCUGCUCGCCCGAGCUUCCGCCGGCAAGCUGCCCUCCGUGCAUGUACCCAACGCGCUAUCUCUGGAAGACCUCGAGCGACAUCACCACUCCCCAGCGCCGCCCGUGCGCAACUGAUGCACCCCCCUCGGUCACCCCUAUAUAUACCAGGAAAGUGACGCCACAAAACACCAUGUCAAGUUAAAAUUGGAAGUGACGUCAUCAAUUUGUCUGAAAUUGUGCGUAGUGAUAUUCUCUGCGAGGAGUGACGUCGCCCAUCUUUAUUUGAGUUAGUUUGAAGUCAGUGAAGACAUCUGAAGAUACUAAUAUUUUAAUGUGUUCGGUCUGAAAGGCUUAACAUCUGUAUUCAGGUGUUGAACCCAAAAAAUUUUAAGUGACUGUAGUGCCCUUAUCAUUUAUUAUUGUCUUAUCGCAGUCGUAAGGUAGACGUGUUUGGAUCGCUCUGCAUCAAUUGAAGUCAUUAUAUUUGAGUGUGUUCAGUUGAGUAGUUAUUUUUUUUAUCAGCCACAAAAAAAAUUAGUAAGAUUAUUACGUCAGGAAGAUAAUGAUUUAUCGGUUUGCAAUCACUAUGCAUUAUUUAGUUGUUUUUUUUUUUUCUUUAAUUGGUCUAAUAUAAACAGCAUGUAUUUUAAACCAUGUAAUAAUUAAAAAUUGAUUCAGAGGCUUUUGUAUAUAGUGAACACUGCCAUUUUUACUAAAGAGUAGUAAUCAUUUAGACAAAUUAAUACAUUGAUCUGUUUGAAUUGAGGGAUGGUUAAAUAUAACAUGUUGAAUAAUAUAAAUGUUAUAUUCGUAAGUACUCGACUGGAUACGGCGGUAAUAGAUUUUAUAUAUAGUUAUCAACUGACAUCCACAUGUUCAAAACGGAAGUGCUUGUUGAAGCUUUGCAAUAAAUUAAAGAGACUGAGGUCCAUAACAGAGUACGCUGCUGUGAAAUGCCCCAUACACAUGUUCAAUACCUAAUAAUUAUAGAUGUUAAACAUUAUUAUUGUGUGAAAGAUGUCAAUGCUACGUAAUGGCAAGUCAAUGUUGACUUCAGACGUACUCGCUGCAUACUAAACGUCGUCAAAGGUAGUAGCCGUGCAAGGAUCAAUGUUUGAUGUAUUUCUUUUAACUAUUAAAAGUUUUAGCUUAGAUUUUACGACACAGCCGUUGUAAGUUUUUGUUUGAUCCUGUUUGGCUCCCUUUUAAAAUGAUAAGGAAUUUGGAUACAGUAUUUCGAUACAUGAGGAUGGAACUUGUUCUAAAUAUCCACGUCCUUAUUGUAUCGCUACUGACAUUGACCUCUUGACAGUUCUGUGACGGAGUUGACGUUUGAUAUCGUAUGAAUGAGUUUGUAUGGUCGUAUGUGUGACAAAGAGUAUAUGGAUAUGCAUUUCUACGGUUGUGUUUGUAAGCAUUUUGUUACUACGUCAUUUUCUUGAUGAAGAGGAAAGAUUUACGUUGAAAUAAAUAUAUUGUCAUUUACUUGUAUUUACAUGUAUACAUUUGUGUGAAGGAUGAAUUUGAUUGACGAUCGUUUGAGAGUUUAAAUUCGCACAAGUGAUAUACUAUUGUGUAUGAUUUUCACUUGGUUUUGUUUACCUCCCCCCCCUCACCCCUACCCUUUAGACAUACCUUGAGCUGCGUAAAUGUCAAUUGUUUUUAAAGGUGCACUACCUACAAUAGAUAGUGUUUUGCCGUCCAGUGAUUGUAUCGACAGCUCAAACGUUCGAAUCAUAAAGUUGAAGCACGUGCCCUUCGAUGUCAUUAAACAAUUUCAACAUUGAGCAUUUCUUUUUGACGUUUUAUAUAGUCUGUGCCUGACGGCAAUCAUGUAAUGAGUUUGAUAGAUACUUUUUCUUUUGAUAGCGUGUGCAUAAGAUGUCGCGUUGAUGCGUUUUUUGUUCUGAUGAGGUGAAAUUUCUGUUUUUAAACAUUACUCCCUAUUAUGUUCUCAGGCGCACACUACGGUUUUGCGUUCACAGUAAUAACAAAAAUGUCUCCCGUCAGCUUUAAAUUAUUAAUUAAAGAAAAUUUCGAAGUUGA